CCUUCAGCGAGUCGGCCAUUUUGCAGCAGCUCCGGGUCCGUGGCGGCCUCGCUCUCUCACUCAGUCAGUCAGUUAAAGCGCGGCGGGACAUGGCCGAAUACUCAGCAGUGGCGCCGCCCAGCGCGUUAAGCGGUGGCGGCGGCGGCGGAGGCGGUAGUGGCGGCGGCGGAGGCGGCGCGGGAGGCGGUGGAGCAGGUGGUGGCGGUGCCGGCGGCGGCGGCGGCUUUAAGAACGACGCAUUCGCCGACGCCCUUCAGCGGGCGAGGCAGAUCGCAGCAAAAAUUGGAGGGGAUACAGGAACAACAAUAAAUACGUCUGACUAUGGAUAUGGUGGACAGAAAAGACCCCUGGAAGAUGGAGAUCAACCAGAUACCAAGAAAGUUGCGCAGAAUGACCCAUUUGGAGCACAGCUAGCUGCAAUGCAUCAACAGAGGUCAAUCGCCACAGAGGAGUACAAAGUACCCGACGGUAUGGUUGGAUUUAUAAUUGGCCGAGGUGGGGAACAGAUCUCGCGCAUCCAGCAAGAGUCUGGGUGCAAAGUACAGAUUGCACCUGACAGUGGCGGUUUACCAGAAAGAUCCUGCAUGUUGACAGGAAGUCCUGAUUCCAUUCUAGCUGCAAAGAGGCUACUUGAUCAAAUAGUUGAAAGAGGCCGAAUUGGUCCAGGUACACAUCACGGAGAUGGACCAGGUACUUCAGUGCAGGAAAUCAUGAUUCCUGCAAGCAAGGCUGGACUUGUUAUUGGGAAAGGUGGAGAAACAAUCAAGCAAUUGCAGGAACGUGCAGGAGUCAAAAUGGUGAUGAUUCAAGAUGGACCUCAGCCAACAGGAUCAGACAAACCCCUCCGCAUAACAGGAGAUCCAUUCAAAGUACAGCAAGCCAAGGACAUGGUGAUGGAUCUAAUUCGUGACCGAGACCAAGGUGGUUUUAGGGAGCAGCGUAAUGAGUAUGGAUCCCGUUUGGGAGGAACAAACGAAGCAUUGGAUGUCCCUGUACCUCGCUUUGCUGUUGGUAUUGUAAUAGGGAGAAGUGGAGAAAUGAUCAAGAAGAUACAGAACGAUGCUGGUGUGAGGAUUCAGUUCAAGCCAGAUGACGGGACGACGCCAGAAAGAAUAGCUCAGAUCCUGGGCCCUCCAGACAGAUGUCAGCAUGCUGCAGAAAUACUUACAGACCUCCUACGAAGUGUGGAGGCUGGCAUGCCUCCAGGUCCUGGUGGUCCUGGACCUGGCAGAGGAAGAGGGAGAGGCCAAGGGAACUGGAAUAUGGGCCCUCCUGGUGGACUUCAAGAGUUCACUUUCACAGUACCCAGCAGCAAGACUGGCAUAAUCAUUGGCAAAGGUGGCGAGACUGUAAAGGCAAUUAGCCAACAGUCAGGAGCACGGAUAGAGCUUCAGAGAAACCCACCUCCAAAUGCUGAUCCCAAUUUUAAAAUGUUUAUUAUUCGUGGAUCAACCCAACAGAUUGAUUAUGCUAGACAACUUAUUGAAGAGAAGAUUGGGGCUCCUACUGGUCCUCCUGGGCCGCCUGGUCCCCAUGGUCCUCAUGGACCCCACUUGCCUCCUGGCCCUCAUGGGCCCCCUGGUCCUCCAGGCCCUGGGACUCCAAUGGGACCCUAUAAUCCAGGGCCCUAUAAUCCAGGGCCACCUGGUCCUCCUCAACAUGGUCCACCAGCACCGUAUGCUCCACAAGGAUGGGGGAAUGCCUAUCAGCCCUGGCAGCAACAGGGUCAACCAGAUCCAAAUAAAGCUGGAGAUGCAAAUACAGCUGCAUGGGCAGCAUAUUACGCUCAGUAUUAUCAGCAACAAGCACAGCAGCCACCUGCAGCUUCAAGCACUGGUCAGGGCAAUACCCCAAAUUCUGCACAGGCAGGUGAUCCAAACCAACCUAACGCGGCCCAGACUCCUCAGACCGAUUAUACCAAAGCCUGGGAAGAAUAUUACAAGAAAUUAGGGCAACAGGGACAACCACAAGGAGCCCAACAGGAUUACACCAAAGCUUGGGAAGAAUACUACAAGAAACAAAGUCAAGCAGCUCAAGCUUCUAGUACAGCAGCUCAACCAGGUGGGCAGCCAGACUACAGUGCCGCGUGGGCUGAAUAUUACAGGCAGCAAGCAGCUUACUACAGUCAGACAAACUCCCAGGGAAUUCCGCAGCAUCCGCCAGCACAGCAACCCCCACAGGCCCAGUAAUGUGAAGUGGAGAUAUUUGCGUCAUUUGGGGAAAAGCCUUUGUAAAAUUUAUGGAUGCAGACGCCUUGAUGAAGAUCUUAAUUUUGUUUUUGGUUUAAGAAAAAUAGUGUUUGUUGCUAUUGUCAUACUUAAGAGGUAGCGAACUUGAUAACCAUUAUUUUUGUGUAGAAUUGCAAAUUUGGUUUGCUUUUAGUGAAACACAAUAGUUUGAACAUUCCAGCAUAUGUAUUUUCAAUUUCUAUUCAGUCACUAUAGUGACAUGUGCUUCUGUUGUAAAAUGUAUUAAUUUCAUUGUAUACUGUUCACUUUUAAAAAUGCUUGUUUUGUGCUUGACAAUAAAUAAUAUGAAAACCCUUGUUUGUGGGUAAGUUGGAUCUAUGGGUGAAUUGUAACCUGGUAUGACAACACAUUCUUUGUGAUAUGGAAUUUUCUGUUGGGUCAAACUGAGACUUUAAAUGUGCAUAAUUUCAAUUCAGAUCCGAAUAGCUGCUGUAGUCCAGGUUCCUGAAGCCAUCGUGAUUGCAAUUUAGCUCAUCAGUAAUGAUGCAUAAUGCAAAGUUGCAAGCAGUAUAUCUUUUGCAUAAUCUUUCUAUAGCAAAACAUAUGAACGUGAAAUGCUAUUUAAUCUUGUGGCUGGCAUCCUUAGCUUUUGUUUGCAACUUUAUUCUAAUUGUCUGUGACAAAUUUAUUGGGAGGCAGUUUGUCAAUUUGUUUUUAUGGUCUGCAAUUCUUGCCAUGUAAAAUAGUGCCCCAUAACUUUUUUUUCUGACAGAAGGAGUUUAGGAAAGCUGAUGGUAAGGUAUCAGUCAAAGUAUCGUUAAUGAUUAAGUAGUUCCUCAAAUUGACAAUGGAAUUGUUUUUCUAAUGCAUUAUGACCUGCUUUAGAUGCAUUAUUUUUCACGUUAUUUAGUUGGAAUUUGCCAUUUUAAAACCUCGAAAGAUUAUCUGAAUUGCUUCUGCAUAUUUUUCCCUCUAUUUGAAAGUGAUUGUUUCUCUGCCAAUUAGAUUUUUUUCCCCAUGUAAGCACUUGAAUAUUCUGAUAGUUGCUCAGUUUAAUUAUGCAAAAGAUGAAUGCAAUUGCAGCCUCUGUUUGCCACUGUAUUUAUUGAAGUACAGGUGUGUUCCAGCCAAUGUAGAGCUAGCUCUGUAAGGGUAACCUGGCGUAUGCUGUGCACCAUCCUUGAUUCUGUUCCUUCAAGGAGCUUUGCACUGUAAGUACACUAAACCUUGUGACUGAAAUAGAGAUGACUUACUGUGCAGUAACACUUGAAAUUGUUUUUGCCCAUGUCCUCUAUUUUCUUUCUCAAUAUAUACAUUGAAAUUUGAUUAACAAUGCAGAAAUUAACAUGUCCUGAUCACAUACUUAGCAUGUAAUGCUUGUAGGAAUUAAAUUACCUGCUAGUUUUGCUCUGAUUUUAAAAACCUUUAUUAUGGGUAAGUAUUUCCUAAACUGUAGUAAAUAAUGUUUGAGGAAUGCAGAAUGGACAGCUAUUUUAGGUGAUGCUGUGAUAGUUUUCUUUUUAGAUUUACUUGAACCAUAUGGAAUUUUGUUAGGUUGAAGGUAGGUAGGCCAGGAUUGUGUUGUGUUUCAAUUGCCAUGAUGUUCAACUUAAUAAAUGAACGUGAAUAUCUGUUGUUUAUGUUGAUGCUUAGAAUGGUGGAAAUUAUUUUAGGUUUUUAAAUGAGCACAUUAUGUUUUCAAUAGCAAAGUUGUCUUUUUGCUGUGAAUUGUAUUAGAAAUGGCUAACUGAAGUUGUAAACUGAGUAAAUUUUUUGGGCGCUGCAUUUAUUUUGAUGGGCAUGAGAUCCAGUUUUUUGCCACGGAUAACAUUGUUCUGAGCGGAUGUCUUAAAUUUCUUAAGAGAAACUACUUUUGUAAUAAACUUCUACAUGCUGUU